AUGGACAAGCCGCCGCCCAAAACAUGCUUGGAACAACUUCACACCGAAAAAACGGCCGAUGGGCGGCCAAUAUGGGCACCAAAACCAAAUCAAACACGGGAAUUUAACAAUGAAGAUCUUGCUUAUUUGGCGAAAAUCAAAGCUCUAACUCAGUUUUCGGAUAAAAUUCAAAAAGUAAGUUGUUAUACUUGGUUGUAUUGGUUUUUAGAAGAACAUGAAACUGCGGUACCGAUUGAACGCUGUUUCGAAGGAAAUUAAGUUGAUGAAAAGGAUAAAAAGGUCAGUUCUUGAAUUAUUUGUAUAGGAGAAAGAUUUUUACAAAGUUUUGUUCAAGUUGAGAUUGAAAUUGCUUGUUUUAGGUAACACUAUCAUUGUUUUUGCAAUUUUCGGGUUUAACUUUAUUUUUUAAUAUUACAUAGCACUAAGAAUUCUUACUAAGUAACAUAGCUUUGUUGGUAUUUUUUAGUAACUUUGAUUUGAAACUAGAACUAAUCGAAGCUAAUGUUGUAGUAGGUAACGAAACUUUAAAUUUUAGGUUUUUAUGUGAAAAGAUGUUAGAAAUGGAUGAAAAUAUACAUGACGAACGUAUAGACUUUGAUGAAAAUGAUAAUGAACAACAAAUCGACGAAACUAUAUCAGAAGUUGUUACGAUGGUAAUGCAGAAUCCGACUUUGGUGGAGAUGAACAUGAAGAAGAAAAAACUGGCUGAAUUGAAGCGCCGGGAACGUGAAGUAGGUUUUUAAUUAUUUUUGGACAGCUUGUACUUUUGUUGAUAUUUAUAACUGUUUUUUAUGAAUUUAUUUUGUACUUUUAGAGUUUGGCAGCGACUGUAAUGAACCUAGAAGAAGAUGAUGUAGACAAGUCUCGUCAACACAUCAUUUCAAUAAUUGAGAGUGUGGCAAGUGAAGGUAUACAUGAAGAAAAGAGAAAGAUAAAGGUGCCCAAGUCGGUGGUUUCUAUUCCAGCACCACAGAAACCUACUACGAGCUAUGUAAGUUGUUUUAGGUAACAGUCAAUGGAAUUUUGAACAUUAUUUGAAUUUUUAAGUUAGUAACAUUAGGUUAAGGUCUUAAAUGAAUGGUUUUUAAAUUUCAGAAUUCAAAAGAGUUGGAAGAACGUCUGGAAAAGCCUCCAGGUGUGUUUCGUCUGAACUACAAUGGCUUCAAGGAUAUUGAUGGACCUCAGAACUAUGAUGCCCUAUCCACACCAUUAAGAGAAGUCCUAAAGAUAGCUCAAGGAAGAAAGCCGGAUCAUGGGGGAGUAACAGAUGCUUGGCUGGCUUUGAUACAGACUUCUUCCAUGUCACCUAAAACUUCUUCUUUAUCUUCACCUACUACAGCUAGGAGUAGAUUGUCUACAUUCACCUCGAUCUCAUCCACAACACCUUCAGAACAGACAAUGGAGGUGGAUGUACAUAAGAAAUAA